GGUCCGCGUUGCCAACUAAACUAAGCGAACUCACAAAUAAUUGUAAAUAAAUGCAUUAUUUUGGGGAGAUCGCGAGCUGAGCCAUGUCCCCGGCGUACGACCUUGACCGCUCCGAUGAGGCGUACCACCCCCUGGACAGCGGCAAGGACGCCGGUGCUCCGAACUGCACAUCAUCCUCCGCCCAAAUCCGCCACCCGAUGGGAUUACGGACGUCCUGGAUGCGCCAGUUUCGUCGCUACAAACUGCCUGUGGUGCUCCUCAUGCUCCUGCUUCUCGUAUCCUGUUUGGCGUACCGAAUCCUCAGCGCUGAACAAGAUGCCCCACCUUUGGAUCUUCAUCGCAGCUCACCGCUUUUGGAUGCCUACGAGGAUUUCAGUGCCAUGAGAGCAGGAGAUCUAAAAAUGCGCAUCGAGGAGAUGGUUAGAAUCAAAAGCACCGUGUCCGUGGAGCUCCGCGAAUUGGAAUCCCGUCGACAAAAGCUGCAAUCGGACAUCAGCCAGUACAACCAGAAGAUUGAGGAGCUGAAACAGGAGCUCCUGAGGGAGCAAACGGAAUUGGAGCGCCUAAAGAUCUCAGUGGAGCAAGCACAAGUGGCCCAGCGGGAGGCAGUUCAACGGAAUACCCCGGAUUUGGCGCUACCUCGCUCACUUUUGCCCAACAUGCUGCCCAGAAAGAUAAAUCCCAUAACUGGAGGGAUGGCAGCAAGCUGCGAGAUGCACAAUUGCUUUAACCACUCGCGCUGCAGUCUCACCUCCGGGUUUCCCGUCUAUCUCUACGAUCCAGAUGAACACAGCGUGCAGAGGAAAGGGUACGAUAUCGAUGGUUUCCUGAAAACCACACUGAAACAGACUUUGGGGUACAAUGCCCAUAUUGUUAAGGAUCCCAAGCAGGCCUGCAUUUAUCUGGUGCUGGUGGGAGAGGCUCUGCUCGAGCAGGAUCUCCUGCGAAACAAUCGCUAUGCGGCUCAGGAAGCAGAGCAUCAACAGCCCUCCACACCCAGUCAUGCCAAUGAGUGCCCAGUGGACAUGCAUCAGCUUUAUAGCCUGCCAUAUUGGGGCGGCGACGGACGCAACCAUGUGCUGCUCAACUUGGCACGCAGAGAUCUCACCUCGUAUCGCACGAAUCCCCUGCACAAGCAGAACACCAUGCGAGCCAUCGUGGUGCAGAGUGCGUUUGAACGGGAUCAAUUCCGUCCCGGUUACGACCUGAUUGUGCCGCCCAUUUUAGGUCCUCCUGGGGGAGAUGUGUGGCAGGAGUGCGCUGAAAUGGUGCCGGCCAGAAGGAAGUACCUACUCACCUACCAAGGAGAACUGCGGCCCAAACAAAGUAGUCUGACUCCCCUGGAUGCAUUUAUUCUCGAACACCUGGCGGAUAUGGCCAAAGGAGCUACGCAGGAUCAGUUCGUUCUUCAGUUCCAGUGCAUCCCAGCUACGGAGCAGCAGGAGGGAGACUCCCUGCCGGAUUGGACGCUAUGUGGCUCAGAUUCCUCGCGCCGUCAGUUGCUCAAGGACUCCACCUUUUCAUUGAUUCUACCUCCUUUGAAUGGGAGAGUCUCCUCCACUUUAAUGCUGGCUAGAAUUUACGAGGCACUCCGUUCGGGAGCAGUUCCUGUAAUCCUUGGUGCUGAUGAAUUGCGAUUGCCUUACGCCGAGACUCUUGAUUGGAGGAGAGCGGCUCUUCUGCUGCCAAAAGCGAGGAUCACUGAACUGCAUUUUCUCCUAAGGGCCGUUCAGGAUGCGGAUUUACUGCUGUUGCGCCGCCAGGGACGUCUGAUUUGGGAGCGAUACUUGAGCUCCGUGCAGGCCACCGUGGAUACGGUGAUUGCAAGUCUGAGGGAUCGCCUGGGGAUCCCACCAAGACCAGUGCCAUCAGUCAUAGCGCAGAGUGUUUUCAACAGCACCUUUAUACCCCUGAAAUCCGAUCCCCUUGGUUUGGAUACGGAACCAGAGGAGUCCUUGGGCCCCAUUGAACCACCAUAUCCAAGUCCCGCUUUCCGACGGAACUACACAAUACUGCGGAUGCAGGCUAAGGAAGCCUGGAACGAUUGGUUGGAUCCGUUUUACCUCUACCCGCAGUUGCCUUUUGAUCCUGCGCUGCCUUCGGAAGCGAAGUUCAUGGGAUCGCACACUGGCUUCCGGCCGAUAGGCAAAGGACUCGGAGGAGCGGGCAAGGAAUUCGGAGAGUCGCUGGGUGGAAAUUACCCACGAGAGCAGUUCACCAUCGUGAUGUUGACCUACGAAAGAGAGCAGGUAUUGAUGGAUUCACUGGGCAGACUGUAUGGAUUGCCUUACCUGCACAAAGUGGUGGUGGUGUGGAAUUCACCCAAACCGCCACUUGACGACCUACGCUGGCCGGAUAUUGGUGUUCCGGUGGCCGUGCUCCGGGCUCCCAGGAAUUCGCUAAACAACCGAUUCUUGCCCUUCGAUGUUAUUGAAACGGAGGCUGUGCUUUCGGUUGACGAUGAUGCCCAUUUACGUCAUGAUGAGAUCCUAUUUGGAUUCCGCGUGUGGCGAGAACAUCGAGAUAGAGUUGUUGGCUUUCCAGGACGCUACCACGCAUGGGAUUUGGGCAAUCCCAAUGGCCAGUGGCACUACAACUCCAACUACAGCUGCGAACUUAGCAUGGUUUUAACGGGAGCAGCGUUCGUGCACAAGUACUAUCUCUAUUUGUACUCCUAUCACCUGCCUCAAGCGAUCAGGGAUAAAGUGGAUGAGUACAUGAAUUGCGAGGACAUUGCCAUGAACUUCCUCGUGUCCCACAUAACGAGAAAACCUCCGGUGAAAGUGACCUCCAGGUGGACAUUCCGCUGCCCGGGCUGCCCGGUUUCUCUCAGCGAAGACGACACCCACUUCCAGGAGCGGCACAAGUGCAUCAACUUCUUCAGCCGGGUGUUCGGCUAUACGCCCCUGCUGAACACCCAGUUCCGGGCGGACUCCAUCCUCUUCAAGACUCGUAUCCCGCACGACAAGCAGAAGUGCUUCAAGUACAUCUAGUCGUAAAACUGAACCCCAAAAACCCCAAUUCCGACAACGGCGGCCACUUCACUUACAACAACGAAGUGAUCACCAGCUGAAUGACUCUUAGACGUAAGUACUACUUAUAAGGCUUGUUCGGGUCUUCACAUAUUCAAUUUAGAAUUUAGUAGGAAGGUCUAAAAAGUAUGAAAUGGCAGACCCUUUUCAAUUCUAAAGGAUUAAAUAAGGUUUAUAAAAAAUCCUUUCCUUUUUUUUAUAAAUGUUAAGUGUCUGUAAAAGAUCUAUGUUUUUAUUUUAUAAUGUUAACCAAAGAAGUGCAAUACGAAACAGCCGACUUAUUUUGUCUUAGAAAAAUGCAAUAACAUUUUCGGCAUUAUUUAAAUGAAUUUCUAGGUAGAAAAUUACCAUCACAAAAAGUGAUUACAAAUCGAACAAAACUUUUAGUCUGUGAAAACCUGAACAAGCCCUUAUGUAUAUACUCUGUUUUGACCUAAGUGUAGUCGCUGAUAAGCCAGUGGAGAUUAUACAGCUCGCUUUAGUUUGAAUCAUUAUUUUGCUUUGCUUAAUAUGGCUUUCACCCGAUCGAAAUCUUGGAAAGUAGAAUUAGGAAACAAGCUGCAUAUCUUGAUUAAAUACCAAAACGAAUUCAGAGACUUUUCUUGCUUAACUAGCAUAAGUUAUCUACCGAUUUUGACUUUGUAUAUAGUGCUUAAUAAACGAAACUAUAUCGCUAAGUGA